ACUGUCAAGGCAACGCCAACAGCAGAGAUUUGAUUUCAUGGGGCGAAAAGGGAGCUGUAAAAGUUUACAAUGCAGCGUAAUUUGUGUGGAAAUGACAAGAGUGUAACCCAGCCAGCAGUUGUGGCAUGAAUGAACAGUUUCAAACGGGAUUAUUUCAGGAGCGGUCUUCAAUUUCGCUGUCUUUAAAAUGGGAGAGAGUGAGAAUAAGAAUGAAGAUCAAUGCAUGUAUCCUGCUAUUGGGAGUGAAAUUCGUUCCCGCUUGCAGCAGUUUGUGGAGGAGAGGAUGCAGACCACCAUGCUCACGGGUGUAUUGAUCGGUGCAGUGGUGGCUAUGUGUCUGAUAGGAAUCUCUGUGCUUUUUCUCUACCGCAGAUAUAAACUGGCAAAUCAACAGUCUGGUGUUCCUCGCUAUCGCUUCAGAAAAAGAGAUAAAGUGCUUUUUUAUGGCAGGAAAAUCAUGAGAAAGGUCCAGACCCUGUCCUCGACACCAUCCUCCUCUUCAUUGUCUAAGCAGCGCUCUCGGAAGAGGCCUAAAGUUCUUAGUAUAGCACGCAGGAUCUUGCGAAUAAGGAAGGAGCCGCCCACUUUGCAGCCCAAAGAACCCCCUCCCUCUCUCCUGGAGGCGGAUCUCACUGAAUUUGAUGUGCAGAGCUCAAACCUGCCUUCAGAGGUGCUCUACAUGCUCAAGAACGUCAGGGUACUUGGGCAUUUUGAGAAGCCAUUGUUUUUGGAGCUGUGUCGGCACAUGGUGUUUGUGGAGCUGCAGGAGGGAGAAGGGCUGUUCAAGCCCGGGGAUGAUGACGACAGCAUUUAUGUGGUUCAGGAUGGAAGGCUGGAGCUUUGCAUUCAUGAGAUUGAUGGCACAGAGCCUGUGGUGAAGGACGUGUUGCCCGGGGACAGCGUUCACAGUCUCCUCAGCAUUCUAGACAUCAUUACAGGUUAUCCUGCUCCCUAUAAAACUGUGUCUGCUCGUGCGGCGGUCAGGUCUACCAUAUUGCGUCUGCCUGCCUCAGCUUUCCAGUCAGUGUUUGAGAAAUACCCAGAGACGCUAGUCAGAGUCAUACAGAUAAUCAUGGUGCGUCUGCAGAGAGUCACUUUCUUGGCACUUCACAACUACCUUGGACUGACAACUGAGCUUUUUAAUCAGGAGAGACAAGCAGUGCCGCUGUUCACAGUCAACAGUGUGCUCACUGAGGGGAGUCCCAGCAGAGUCCCACGCAGAGCCCACUUACAGAUACAAACAGAAGACGAGCACCUACAGAGCUCCGGAGAGAACUUGACAGACUCAGAUGGAGGGCAAGCUGGUUCAUGUGAAAACACAUCCACGGUCGCACGGAGGUCUCGCUCGGUCUCGAUGCCUGUAGAGAGCUCAGGAGUGGCAGGAAAUGACCUGGACAUGGCUUAUGAACGGGCCCGUGUCACCAUAGAUGACUCUCCAUCCAGUUCUGUCAUUCACAAGUCCAUUUUGAAGAAGACUGUGACCAUGCAGCAUGCUCCGUCCGCUGUGAUUCACUACACAGACAAUGCACCACACUCUGACGUUCCUCCUAGUAAAGUGGGCACCAUUUUCCAGGCCGCCAAGAAGGAUCUGCUGGGGAUUAUUCCGCUGCAGGACCCCAGUUUGCUGGAGGGCAGAGUAACGCUCCAUCAAGUUAAAGCUGGAUCUGUUGUAGCUCGCCAAGGAGAUCAGGAUGUAAGUGUGCAGUUUGUGAUCUCUGGCACGUUGCAUGUUCACCAGAGGAUGAUUGACCGAGAGGUGGACACGUGUCUGUUUGUGGCUCACCCAGGAGAGCUGGUAGGACAGCUGGCUGUAUUGACGGGUGAGCCACUUAUCUUCUCCGUAAGGGCACAUCGGGACUGCAGCUUCCUGUCCAUCUCGAAAACGCACUUCUAUGAGAUCAUGCGAGCUGAGCCCACAGUGGUACUGAAUGUGGCUCAUACAGUUGUAAGAAGGAUGUCACCUUUCGUCAGACAGAUUGAUUUUGCCCUUGACUGGAUGGCUGUGGAGGCGGGGAGAGCUGUCUACAGGCAGGGUGAUAAGUCUGACAGUACUUUUAUAGUGCUCAGCGGCCGCCUGCGUUCCGUCAUCAUGAAGGAGGAUGGGAAAAAGGAGCUGACUGGAGAGUAUGGUAGAGGAGAUCUCAUUGGAGUGGUGGAGGCUCUGACCCAUCAGAACAGAGCAACUACUGUUCAUGCUGUUCGGGACUCCGAACUGGCUAAACUACCUGAGGGCGCUCUCAUUUCCAUCAAGAGAAAAUUCCCACAGGUAGUUACAAGGCUCAUUCACCUGCUUGGACAGAAGAUCCUGCAGCAAGUUAAUGGACCUUUGACAGCUCGCAAUUCAGCUCUACACACCCCUGGCAGUAAAUGGGACGUUGGAAACCCUGCCUCAAACCUGGCCACUGUCACUGUGCUCCCAGUAUCAGAGGAGGUUCCUCUGACUGCGUUCACCCUGGAACUUCAGCAUGCACUCUUGGCUAUCGGCCCAACUCUUCUCUUGACUAGUGACAUCAUCAAACAACGCCUCGGGUCUGCUGCAUUAGACAGUGUGCAUGAGUACAGGUUGUCGAGUUGGCUGGGGCAGCAGGAAGACAUCCACCGCAUAGUCCUAUAUCAGACAGAUGUGUCACUCACUCCAUGGACUCAGCGCUGCAUCAGACAGGCCGAUUGCAUCAUCAUCGUGGGACUGGGAGAGCAGGACCCCGCCGUGGGAGAGUUGGAACGUAUGUUAGAGGGGAGUGCGGUGAGAGCGCAGAAACAGCUAGUGUUGUUGCACCGCGAGGACGGCCCUCCUCCCAAAGGAACAGCCGAAUGGCUCAACAUGCGGAGCUGGAUCUCCAGGCACCUUCACCUGUCCUGCCCCAGAAGGGUCUUCUCCAGGAGGAGCCUGCCAAAAUUGAGAGAAAUGUACCAGCGUGUGUUCCAGAAACCCGCAGACCGUCACUCUGAUUUCUCACGUCUGGCCCGUGUUCUUACGGGAAAUGCCAUUGCGCUGGUGCUGGGUGGCGGAGGAGCCAGGGGCUGUUCUCAGGUGGGCAUCAUUCGAGCAUUGAGUGAGGCGGGAAUCCCCAUUGAUCUGGUGGGCGGCACCUCUAUCGGAUCCAUGAUGGGCGCGCUGUAUGCAGAGGACCGCAGUUACAGCAGUAUGAAGAUCAGAGCCAGAGAGUGGGCAAUGGAAAUGACAUCAGUGUUUAAGAAAGUGCUGGACUUGACCUACCCUGUCACUUCAAUGUUUUCCGGUGCUUCAUUUAACUCUAGCAUUAAUGCAGUCUUCAAGGACAAACAGAUAGAGGAUCUCUGGAUCCCAUAUUUCAACAUCACCACAGACAUCACUGCUUCCACAAUGAGAGUGCACACUGAUGGCUCCCUGUGGAGGUAUGUGCGUUCUAGCAUGUCUCUUUCUGGUUACCUGCCACCACUGUGUGAUCCAAAAGAUGGACACCUGCUCAUGGACGGAGGCUACAUCAACAACCUGCCAGCGGAUGUGGCACGCUCCAUGGGUGCUAAAGUGGUUAUUGCUAUCGAUGUAGGCAGCCAAGAUGAAACCAACCUCACCAACUACGGGGACGCCCUUUCUGGCUGGUGGCUGCUAUGGAAACGGCUCAACCCACUGGCUGAGAAAGUCAAGGUGUUGAAUAUGACUGAGAUCCAGGCCCGGCUGGCUUAUGUGUGUUCAGUGAGACAGCUUGAAUCUGUUAAGAACAGCGACUACUGUGAAUACAUCCGACCUCCCAUCGACAGAUACCGCACACUUGAGUUUGGCAAGUUCGACGAGAUCAGCGAAGUGGGCUACCAGCAUGGGAAGACGGUGUUUGACGUGUGGUGCAGGAGUGGCGUGGUGGAGAAGAUGAUGAAGGACAGACAUCAAGAGGAAUUCCACAAAACCCAGAGCAACAAUUUUGUGACCUGUCCAAAUGCUUCCUUCACUGAUCUGGCUGAGAUCGUCUCACGGAUUGAGCCAGUCAAACCAGCUCUUGUGGAUGAUGAAUCAGACUAUCACACCGACUAUGAAGAGGAGAUGGCAGAGAGUGCUCUGUCAGACAUUGAGCUUUACAACCAUUACAGUGAGCAAACGGAGGAGGAACUGACCGCAGACACUGAUGAAGAAUUCGAGAGGUCUCGAAGGCAGCGUGUGCGUUCUGACGUGGAGAUCCUAGGGCCUGUGUCCUCCAAAACACUACAAACCUCCAGUCCCAACAGUCCUCCGACCCUCCACAACCGAAAAACCAAGGAUUGAAACCCCUCCACCCAGACCACUGACGCAGAUAUCAGCAUGGCAGUGAACAAACACUGACACUCCUGUGAUUUUGUCUAUUUACACAAGCCUUUUUCCCCAUCUCAUACAAAAAUCCAAAGAAAACAUCUAUUGCACUGCAAGUUUAAGAUGGACAUGCUGGGUAGCAUGGCAAAUAAAACUGACCUUGCAUCUGAGCAGAAAACUCAAGACGAUCCCGGAGUCUGUGAAGUUUCAUGCUGAUUUUGAACUCUUUCAAUUGCCAUGUGUUAUCUUUACUCUGUCUUGAGUUACCGGUUACUCAGUAGAGGAGGAAAUUCAGUGAUUGAGAUGAUCACCUAAAACAUUGUCUUUACAAACAGAUUGGAUUGCAUGGUCAGUUGAUUUUUUUCUUCUGUCAAUGAAAGUAGCAGAACAGAGCAAAAUAAUGAUUUGGAUUUAGUGAUAUUGAAUGUGAAUCCUCUAUUUAUAAGCUCAGAUGACUGAUGUUGAAGUUUUGUUUCAUUUAAACCCUGAAAGACUGUUUGGCAAGUCGAUUUGUCCCACAGCUUGGCUGUUUCAUGCAGGACAGAGACUCUUAGCUCAUGAUCAGUGGACAGUUGAGUGAUCGAGUGACCAGUGUCGUAUAUCAUACUGAAUGUGUCUGAUGAGUUAAUCACACCUCAUUUAAUCAAACAAAACACAUCAGAAAAGCAAGCCUAUCAAUGCAAUAUUUUUUAUAUUUUUUGUUUUGAAAAAUUGCCUUAUGAUACCUAUAGUGCCUCUUUUAACCUUAAUACUAUCCAUAUAAAACAAUGGGAGUUUGAUAAUUGUUCAAUAAUAUAUUAACAGUCUAACCACAAUGCCAGUAUUGAUUAUUAUGUAUAUGUAAGGUAUUGUCUGAGUUUUGAUUCUGCCGCUAUGACUGACAUUAAUUUGGAGAUCUGUGGUAACGCCAGUCUUCUGGAACCAUUGUAAUGUUGUGUGCCAAUAUUGUCAUUUAAAUCUGUCGUAACAAAAGAAAGCACUUAUAUUGUCAGCGUUGAUUGUUUAGGGUCAGUUUGUUCCCAAAGUUAAAGAAACCUAAGUAUGGGCAUCUUAGGAACCAAAUGAGAAAAUACAGUUGUUUUCGUAUGAUGGGAGAAUCUAGUGUCACACGUCUUAAUAUGAUGAUUCAUAAUAAACUGCAUUUUGUCUUUG